AUGGCUGAUGGAAGAUUCAAAACAGUGCUGUUUACUUAUGCGACGGUCAUAAUAGGUAAUUACGAAUUUUCAUAAAUAAUCGAUCAUUCAUAUAUAUUUAUAUAUUAAAUAUUAUUCCUCUGCGACUUUUUAAAUAAUACCACCCACGUUUAAAAAACGAUUCAAUUCGCACAUUACACAUACCAUUUAACAGAGUUUAAAAUAAUUCGUAAUAUUAAAAAAAAAAUCAAAUAUUGAGUAUGAAACCAUUAAAUAUUUAACGGAUUGCAUACAUAGGCGAUUUUAAUGAAAUUUUUCAAAAAUUUCAAAUUUAUUAAUGCAAAAAUAUACAAAUUCACUUUCAAAUAAAUUUAAAUGUUGUUGUUAUGUUGUUCUAUAUCUUAAGUAUUUAUUGCACAAUCCUGAAAUAAAUUGAAAUGUAUAGUUUUGAUAAUCCAAUUUCAGAACACAUAGAAAAGAACAUAAAUUCUGUAUCAUGCGUAUGAUUUUUGUUGUACUAACCAAUAAUUUUUUAAUAAGAUAAUAACAAAACUAGUUCCUAUAACAUAAGUGUUUAUUUAUACGUGAAAUUUGUAAAAAACAUAGACGUGCAUUGAUUAAUGUAUUAAAUACACGUAUAAAAUGGACAAUUUUAUAAUUGUUCGGUCUAACCAUCCGUGUAUUUCCCAUUAAACCGCUUCGUUGUCUAGUUUUCAAUCCGAAACAACGGAAUGAUUAUUGAUUAUAAACCUUAUAAUAAAUUCUGUUGCUUUGCAUCCCAGUCAUAUUUGCUAGUUGUCAAUCGAAUAAAUCAAGAGGCAAUCGUAUUGGCAAUGUUAUAAUGUAUACAAUUUUUGAAGAACACCGAAAUACAUACAAUUUAUAAUUAGAUUUAACAUUGAGAUUAUAAUGAAGAAUACACAAAUCGUCAGACCGAAUAAUUAUUCAACCACUGUUCAAUUGUCCAUUCCAUACGUAUUAACAGUGCGAAUCCAUAAACGUGUACAUUAAAUAUACGAACUGCGUGUACAUGUAUAUUUUAAAUACACGUCUAUAAUCGUUACUUCUAGAAAAAAUCCACCAAAAUAACCAAAAACAACUAUGUUAUUAUGUCCUCAAUUAUUACUAUUAUUAUUUAUUUAUUUAUUUAUUUAUGACAAUAAUUACAAGAGCCUCAAAUAGAACACCAAUCGGUUAGAAUUUAAUGAUUAGCAUAAGAAAUGGCCAGAAAGAAUAACCUGAUAUAUUAUGAUUUCGAAACAUACGAUGUAUUAUUAGGAUUAUUAUUAUAAUCAGUGGAAUGAAAAGGAAUAUAAAAUAGCAUAUUAUCUCUAGUGGGGUAAGAACAGUGUUGUAAAGGAAUGCGUUCCUUUUAAAAUAUAGAAACGAAAAACAGGAAAGAAUUCUUAUUUAUGUGGAACGUGGACGUAAGUUUCCGUUUCUUUUAUUAGAAAACAGUAUGAAACGCAUGCUAUUUUAGUGAUAACAUCAUUGUUUAAAAUAUUGUUUAGUAUUGGAAUAUUGAUGACAUGACUGUAAAAAGACUCAAAUUAAAUGAUGUUUUGUUAGAAAAAUUAGUCCUUAAAUUAGGCAAAAUGCCAAUGAAAUAUUUUUUUUUUUUGUACAAUUAAUAAAAUAUUAUAUUUUGAGUAAAUUAAUGAUACAACUUUUUAAGUUAUAUAUUUUUUCAUUUUUCCUUUUUUAGGAUUGGAACUAAAAAAUUAAUUUAAUUAAAUUUAUUAAUAUUUUAAACAUAAAAUAGGUAAGUAUAGUUUCCAUUUUUCGUUAUUUUACCUUCCCAACUUCUCACCUAUAACAGUAGCUGCACCCGUCUAUGGUAUCUUUUUUUAUCAAUAUGUAAUAUUCGUAUUCAUAAAAAAAAAGAGAUUUUAAAGGAACGAGUUUCUUUUUUAAUAAACAAGGAAAGGGAACGAAUUCCUUUUUAAAAUGAACUUUCCCAACACUGGUAAAAAGGAACACGGAACUGGAUCCAGGCUAAAAGGGAAGGAUAAUCAAAGGAACUGUCCAUAGGAGAGGAAAGAAACCUAAUAUCGGAAGUACUGCUGUGGACAGACAUCUUUUAAAUAUCAAAAUAUUAACAAAAUUAUUGAAAAAUCCUGCAAAUGAUCUUUAAUAUAUAAACGAAAUUAGAAAGAAUAGAUAACGUCAACCUAAUUUCUACAUUUCUACGCUUUAGGCACACAGAUACAUAAAAUAUAAUCUCAAUACCACUAGUAACUGUGGAUCUACCUUGCCUAAAUCCAUGUUGUUCAUCAUUGAUUUUAUGGUUAAGACUACGCUUCAUACGAUUACAUAUUAAUAAAGGAUUUAACAAAUUCAGUGAUAUGGGAAGCGAUAAAAAUAAGAUGAUAAUUUAGCAAAUCUGCCGGACCCCAUUCUUAAAUACCGGAAUAAUAGUACAUAUUUUCCAUACACUAAGGAACACUCCUUGACUUAAAAACCGAUGGAACAACAGAUAUAGCGGAAAAAUUAAACAAGUCAACAGAUAUAGAGAUAACGAGCGAAUAAACGAUUCGGACCGUUGAAAGUUUUCAAGCGCAAGGAACCCAUAAAGAAAAAAAAUGUCCUUAGGGAAAAAAAAUGUAAAAAGGUAUAUUGUAAGACAAAAUUAGAUUGAUGACAGAAAAAACACAAUAAUGAGCGAUAGGUACGUUGAAAGUAGAAGAAAAAUAAGUAGAGACAAGUAAAAGAGGAAUUAGAAAUAAUAUUCUGAGAACUAACAGAAAAUGGAAUUGAAGGAUUUUACUUAAAUUUACGAACGUAAAUCCAGGAGAUGCAGAAUUCUCCCACUCACAAAUAUAGGGUCUAUAAUCUGAUUUAAAUCGGUGUUUGCACUGAAUCCUGACUUCAGAAAAUAUGUAAUUAUGUUUAUGUAAUGAAAAUACUAAUCAUGUAUAGAUAAACCUCUUGUUUGGCUUAUAUAUCUGAAAUUUAAAAUAAAUAAUAUAAAUAUGAUGCGAAUAAAAACGGUCUCCUACAAAACAGAUUUUACAUUAUAGAGCCAUUGGUUUUAUGAUAUUUUAUAUUACGCUCUUGUGUACAUCUUUGUAAGUUCAUAUAGCUCGUUUUCCGAAAAAUUGCAUCCUUUCAGCCUAAUUAGAAUUUCCAGUAUCUACCUCUGAUAUCUUUCAAUUUCAACUUGCACUAUAAAUUCUAUAGUGUUUCAAAUAGGUCUAAAAUCCAUUUUUUCGACAGCAAGCUCGGGCUCGUUGUUGUGUGGUAUCUGGGACGAAUGGUCCCAGAUGUCAGGAAUCAAUGUCCAUAGACAUGCGUACGUUUACGGUGGUUUGUUCAUCGUGGGAUACUUGCUGUCUGUAGUCGGCCGGAAGCCAACAAUCGCUUUGAUUGGGCCAUUAUACGUGGUUUGUUGGUCAGUGGUGUUGGUUUUGCCAUCCGUCCCGUUAUUAAACUUCAUGGUCAACGUGUUCGUCGGGACGUCUAAGGCUAUGGCAUUCGUCACCAUACCCGUGUAUGUGGGUGAGGUAGCGGAGGUCAAUUAUCGUGGCUCUGCGCUUACAAUAUUUGCGAUAAUGUACACAAUGGGCUCAACAUUAAUGCAGGCGGCCGGUUUGGUGCUCACCCAUCAACAGCUAUGCGUGAUGGGUUUGUCGCUGUCCGUGGUAUUUAGUGUGCUGUUCAUAACGGGUGUGCCGGAGAGUCCGUACUACUACGCGCAGAUGGACCAUGACGUCAUGGCCAAUAAGUCACUUCGGCGAAUCCGGGGCAGAGAUGACGUUUCGGUCGAGUUGGCCGAUAUCGAGCAUACGGUUGACGUGCAUAUGAUACCCAACAGGAAUGGCUACUGUGAACUAUUAAUCAAUGAAGCCACCUGGAAGGCAUUCUUCAGCACGGCGAUGUCGCACUUCGUUCAGGCACAUUGUGGAUAUAUACAGGUAGGUAUUUUAGGAAAUAACAAUAUAUUUACGUAAUAUAUAAUAUGAACAAUAAUAAAAAUAUUGAUUGGCAAACAUUCAAAAAGCAGAUUGGAGUAAAAUUUAGGCAACCCAAAAAUCUUUCUUCCUACUCUCAUUUUCAGUACCAUUUUUACUGCUUUCGACUCUUCUCUCUUCAUGAACCAUUUCAGUAUAUUUUCUUACAUUUUGUCUACUAUUGAAGCCAUUCUCUUCUCUAUUCACUCCGUCCAUCCAUUUAAGCAUUCUCAUAUCUACCACACUCAUUCUCUAUUAUAUUUUUCUGUUUACCACCAACACUCCGAACCAUCUACCAUUAAUGUUUGAACAGUCCACGUGUCUGUUCUUAAUUUAAACCAAACUGUCAUACUAAGGCAAAAAUUAAAUUUAAGGCAUAGUGGUGAUGCCCCUAAAACGUUGAUCUUCCACGAUUUGUAUCGAUCUGAAAACUGUUGCUGAAUUUGUUGUACGAUUGGUAAUAUCCACUCUAUCCUCCCAACCUCAUUAUGCUACAUCAAUUCUCCUCACCUGUUGUCUCUGCGUACAAUUGAGAUGGGACAAUCCACCUAAGCUUUGUUAACCAUAGGGCUCCUUAUACUAUUUGACAAAAAUUUAACACUGACCCGACCUUAUUUGUUGUUUUCUUACGACAGGAAGUACUGUGAGAGUAUUCUGAUCCACUCCCACGAAGUUAUUUACGAAAAAUAUAAUGAUUUUUGAUAUAAUCAAAUAUUAAUUUAGAGCAAUAAUAAUUAUUUAUUUAAAUAAAUAAGUUAUUCAAUCACAUUGAUCACACAUUACCUUCUUAAUACCUAACUAGAAAAAUGUGUUCAUUAUCUGGUGUACUUUUACUACUUUUAGCAUGUACAUAUAAUAACGAGCAAAUCGUUUCCUAUUUAUAGUUCAAACGUUCCAUUCAUGCAUUGUUGCCGUUCAAAAACGUCUGGAUGAGACCAGAAAUAGCAUUUAUAUGGAUGAGCGUGAUUGAAAACUUUGGCAAUCUAAUAACCGCCCUUUUAGUGGAAAGAUUGGGCCGUAAACCAUUAAUGAUCCUGUCAUAUUCAGCUAUGGCAAUCGUCCAGAUGGUUGUGAUGAUUUUGCCAAUUCCUGCCCCCCGUAUACCUUGGGCUCCUAUAGUGCUCAUGUGGUUGCAUGGCCUGUCGUUUGGCCUGGGUGCCGCGUCACUCAGCUCAACGUUGUUGGGCGAAAUGUUUACAAUGAACAUUAAGACCAAGGCUGUUCCAUUGUGUGUCUUAAUCCUGCAUAUAAGCUUUAUGAACAUAAUGAACGUCCAAGCCGAGGGAUGGCCUGUAACCAAUUUCCAGUUCGCGUUGUGCAUCAUAAUCAACAUUGCUUGGAUCAUUUACACCAAGUAUAACAUGGUCGAGACCAAGGGUAAAACGUUUUUGGAAAUUCAAAAGUUACUGACCUUGAAAAGUUGA